CACUCGUCCGUAGUUCAGUUCAGCAAGCAACUCGUGUCCUGCGGUUUUGUGCUCCUUGAUUUCUUAAGAAGAGUGCAUUCAAAUAGUAUUGUGCCAAUUUGAUUUUUUAUUGCUCGAGUGGCUGGAAGAACUGGCGAAAAGUGCAAUUUUUUGGCAGUUUGCGAUACAAUCAAAACCAUGUAAACAGUGCUGGAAACCAGUUGCCCUGUAAUUAAUUGAAAAGAAACUACUUUACGAGCUCGGUGAAAAAAGUGAACCAGUGAAAUACAUCGCCCGUACAGUGGGAUACGGAAAAUUUCGAAAAUUUGGGUUUAUUGUCUUUCUUAAGUGCCCUGCCUAUCUACCUGUCUUCCUAGAGGACGACAGAAAGAGAGAACAAAUCGCAAUUAUCGACAGUCAGUGUGCGUGUGUGUGAAAGAUUGAGUUAAAAAGUGCAGUGGAAAAUUUUAUCUUUGAGCCACCGAACAACAGCCACCGUCCAGGCAGCCUACAAGUAACGCGAAAGGAUUUAAUUGCCUCCUGGAAGCUAUAAACGGAGAGUGUAAUUUUGUGUUCAUCCGAGACGCUUGCUAUUCAAACUAGUUUUCCGGUGUUCCGCCUUUAUGGCUGCUAAGAUGAAUCUAUCGUUUGCCGGCUGCGGAUUUUUGGGAAUCUAUCACGUCGGAGUGGCCGUUUGUUUCAAGAAGUAUGCCCCCCAUCUACUGUUGCACCGGAUUAGUGGAGCUUCGGCAGGAGCCCUGGCCGCUUGUUGCCUGCUGUGCGAUAUGCCAUUAGGUGAAAUGACGUCUGACUUUUUCCGGGUUGUAAACGAAGCACGUAGCCACUCGCUGGGCCCAUUCAGUCCUCGCUUCAAUAUUCAAACCUGCCUGCUGGAAGGCUUGCAAAAGUUCCUGCCAGAAGAUGCACACGAACGCGUGAACGGCAAGCUGCACAUUUCGCUUACCCGAGUUUAUGACGGUAAAAACGUAAUCGUAUCGCAGUACAACAGUCGGGAGGAUUUGCUCCAGGCUUUACUGUGCGCAUGCUUCAUUCCGGUAUUUUCCGGCAUACUGCCACCCCGGUUCCAUGGGGUGCGCUACAUGGACGGAGCCUUUUCGGACAACCUACCGACGCUGGACGAGAACACUGUCACGGUGAGCCCGUUCUGUGGCGAAUCGGACAUCUGCCCGCGCGACAACAGUUCGCAGAUGUUCCACGUCAAUUGGGCCAACACCAGCAUCGAGCUGUCCAAGCAGAACAUUAACCGCUUCGGACGUAUUUUGUUUCCACCGCGCCCGGAAAUUCUGUCGUCCUUCUGCCAGCAAGGGUUCGACGAUGCGCUGAAUUUCCUACAUCGAAAUAAUCUGAUCAGUUGCACUCGGUGCUUGUCGGUGCAGUCGACUUUCUGCGUAUCCGAUCAGCCGACACAGUUGGAAGAUCAGCUUUUGGAGGAGUACGAUCCGGAGUGCAGUGAGUGCAAAGAAUGCACCAAGCAUCGAGAGAAUGCCGUCAGCGGAAGCAUGCCGGAUACGGUGCUAACCGUUUUCCAGACCUACAUGGACCAAGCGAACAAAGGAUUAAUGAACUGGAUUUUCCGUCAUCGCGGAGCCAAACUGCUAAAGGCACUUUCACUACCGGCCACUUUACCUGCAGACAUCGUGUGCGCCACAUUAACGAAGCUAAUAGUGGCAACUCCCGCAAUAGGCAGCCAGCUGUGGUCGGUCAGCCAAUUCGCCCUGAAGACGCUCAACACCAUCCUGAUUAAAAUGCGCGUACGCCAUCAGCUCAGCGCCAAUCUGCAAUACCAAAUAGCUUACACCGAAUACUCCGGUAGCACGCGAGGGCAACGUCACAGCCAUCUGGGCGGAUCGUUGCUGGACCUGCGACGAGACAAUGCAAAUGAACUGGUUUCGGUCAUAACCGGCGAAAACAACAAUGAGAUAGUCGAUCUUCAGCAUAUCCACAACCACCAAUCACAACUGAAGGGAUACGACCCGACGCACCACGAGGAAGACCAUCCGGAUUGCGAUUCCUUCAAUCACAUACUGCAGGCCAUUUCUCACCACGAUGCAAUGUAUGCGUACUACUACAUGGACGAUAACAACGAGGUUAAGGUGACGGAAAUCUUCGACAUGACGGAGGACGCCAGUCCGGCCAUCCAAACGGUGCAGGAGCGAGAGCUGAACCAACAGCUGGAAUUCGAUAACGAUUGGGAAACGACACAGCCAGAUUUCCUCUUUAACGACUCAUCGUACACCGGAGACAAUAUGAUUGAUCUAGAUGACAUAUUUGAUCCGAUGCUCUACGCGAAUUAUCCGCCCCAGCACCAGCAGCAUCACCAUCAUCUGCAGCAGCAGCAGCAUCACUAUCCGGCGCAAUACCAGUCACCUUUCCCGCAGCCGCAGCAGCUACUCGACGGCAGUACCCGGACUCUUCCCGGACUACAGUGGCAGUGUUCCCAGAUCCAGAUCGAAGAACUGCCGUCGGCUGACGGCUACGACGACGACGAAACCUACCUGCAACCGGAAGCUGACCAGCAGCAGGCGUUGAUUUCGGAGGCGGCAGCAUUGUUGCUGGGUAAACCGCAAUCUUCGUCGGCCUAUUCGCUUACGGAGGUGUGAGCAAGCGCGAGGCCCUGUCAAGCAUUCCGACUCCUCUCUUAGUGAAACAGUACCGCUCACAUAACCAGUCUGUGAUGCGAGUUACGUUGAUAUUAGAAAAGAACCGUACAGUUACCAUUGCAUGCUAGUGACCCGAAUAAUGGUGUGCUAUUUUAUUCUCUCUGUUUUUUGUUUGUAGUUGUGCGUGUGUGACCUUCUGUUAGGUAUGUAUGAUGGAAUCAAACGAUGUAAAGUGCGAGGACCGUGCAUUCUCAGUAUGUUAGGGCAAUUUUUAUCAAAUAUUUAACCAAAAAAAUAAGAACAGAAUAGGCAGGAACCUAUGCAAAACUGAACUUUUACAGCAAAGAUUUGCUUUAUUGUUAUACUGUUCAGGACAAGUUCCACGCUUAGCGAAACCCAAUUAUGACCAUUUUAGCUAUUCGAUUAUAUCAUAGAGUAAACGUUCUAAUCAAAACUAUCAGUUUUAGAACCGUAUUUGUUUUAGCGAACUGAUUGUGAUGUUUUUAAGUAGAAUACAAUAUCGUAGGAAAAAAAAAAGAAAGAAAUCAAGUGACGAUAAGCAGUGUGAAAAACGAAGGGGCAACGCAUUGAAAGGUUUUCCUGGCUGUGCAAUAAGAAAAUGUUUCUUCAAUCGAAGCCGAUUGACACCGUUCCACUGUUGUACCUUGUUGGCUUAGAGGGACUGAACUAUCUCGGUUAGCGAAGAGUAAUCUAAGUGUUUUUUUUAAAUUUUGUGUCCUUUGACAUUAUCUUUCCGAUGUUUUACCUUGAAAAUAGCUUAGAUAAUAAUGUGGAAAAGUUUCCAUCUAGAAACCAAACGCCCAUACUAUUUAUCAUCGACUACAGUAGUGUAACCGAAGCUCCUAUAUUUAUAAACGAUAUUUUAAAGAACAAUAAAAGGUU